UCUGCUACACGUCAUGAGCCAUGGGAAAUGGUCAUGAGCUCUUCUCCCAUUUCCUUGCUGUCGGGAUUGUGAUCGAAGACACGUUGGAACAGCCCCACAAACCAAUCGUACAAGGAGAUGGUUUCGCCACCUCGUUCCCAUACUACUGUUGCCCAGGCUUUGUCGGUUAAUAGCUCUAUGUAGUAGGUGAUCUUGCGUGUGUCCGGCAUGCCUGCAUAGCUGGCAAAGAACAACAAGCAUUGCAGAAGAAAAUCCUUGCAUCGCGCUGGAUCACCUGCAUACUUCUCUGGCAUUGGUAUCCAAGGAAAUGGGGUGUGAGUCUGCAUGACUGCCGGUGUGCUCUGGGAAAGCUGAGUGACCUGUUCGGUCAGAUAGGCAAGCUGUUGGUGGUGUUCUCCCAUGAGCCAUCCAUGGUGAAGUAUUCUGUCACGAUUUGGAGGCACAGACAGAAGCAAAUGCAGGUAUGCCAGUGUAAUAAAACAACAAGUCCAAAGGAUAAGGUAGAUGUCAAUUAUCAUGAACAGGCAGAGGUCAGGCGAUCAGGCAAACAGUACAAACAGGGCAGGGCAAAGAGACAAGGUCGUAAAUGGAAGCAAAGUCAAAAAACCAGAAUAAACAGACAUGGUACGAAGUCUUGGUAUAGACAAAAGGCAACUAAGAAUAUACUUCACAAUCUGAUGACUGAAUAAGAGUCUCUUAAAAGGAGUAGUGCUAGUGUGUGUGUGAUUGGAAACAAGGGUCUCUGAUUAGAACUCUGGGGAUGGUGAACUUGUCCGUGUGUGUUUGGGAAGUGUAGUUGUUGUUGGUCAUGUUUGUACUUCGUGGUGCAUUCUGGGAAAUGGAGUUGCUGUUUUGCAGUGGUAUGACCAAUAGCGCUGAUGAAUAAACAAUUCAUAAGGGAAAAGUACCAAAGUGUAAGGUUUGAGUGUCUACAAUUCAAGAGCACCGCAGUGUAAUUAUCAAUAAUAACAGUCUAACACACUACACACCCUCAAACGAGGUCACACUUUUUUUUACACCCCUCAAAAUUUAUCGACUUAUUUAUAGACCUGUCAAUAGUCGUCCUGUGCCGCGUCCUGUACGUGUAUAAAUACCCCCUAAAAGCUUUUUCAGAAGACCAUUUAGAAGACUCAUGUACAGUGCACAGGUUAUAUCUGCUCAUACACACAUCAAGAAAUAGGACACACACCAGGUCCAGCCAUGCUGCAGACACUUCUGAUUUGGGCAGUCUUUGCCACAACUCUCCCUCCUCCUACCAGUCAGCGUUGCUUCAAGGCCAAUGAGUCUCAGUGUGACAAUGUGGACUUCACUCCGGGAUCCGACCUAGCAGGAGAAGGCUUUGACAUCACCACCAUGCAACGGAAAGGGGCCUUUGUCCUUGACAUGAGCUCCUGGCUCCAGAAGGACAAGUCCUGCACUCUCUGUAAAAACCCCUACAUGGGAGGUCAAACGCAGAAGCUCCCAGUUUCUGUUGUGGACUGGAGACCAAGUCAGAAGUGCAGCACAAAGUUAUCCAGCUCUGUCUACCAGUCCAGUGAGGCCCUGGUCAGUGCCAGCACCUCCUCUAUCGAGAACAACUGGCAGUCAGACUUGCAAAUAACAACUCCAAAAGUCCAGGGAUCACUGAUGCUGGCAGGCAGUAACUCCAAGCUGGCUGAAUAUUCCAUGAAGAAGACCAAAAACGACAAGUUCAGCUUUACCAGUCAUGAUGUCACAUGUGGAUACUACAGAUACAGGGUUUCGAAGCGCCCACUCCUGCACCCAGAGCUAAGUGACGAAUUAGGAAGUCUCCCCGAGAUAUACGAUGAGUCAUCAAAGCACCUCUAUUACAAGCUGAUUGACAAGUUUGGUACUCAUUAUAUCUCAAAGGUGACUCUGGGUGGAGAGGUUCGCUCUGUGACCAGCAUCAAGGAGUGCGAGGCGUCCUUGCAGGGUCUGAGCGUAGAUGACGUGAAGAUGUGUCUGGACGUGGAGGCUUCUGUCAGUAUGGGAAUAGCUGCAAGUCUGCAGACUGAGGCUCAUCACUGCAAGAAAACCAAGGAAAAGACUAUGAAUAAAAAGAGUUUUGCUAGCAGCUUCAGUGACAGAGAAACAAAUGUGAUUGGUGGCUACACUCAGAGUGUCGACCUCCUCUUCUCAUCAAAUAAGGACCCAAAGGCCUAUAAGGAGUGGGUCACGUCUCUGCCCGCUCACCCUGAUGUGCUUUCCUACUCGCUCACGUCCCUUCACGAGUUGCUGCCAGCGAAACAACAAAUACGAGCGCAUUUGCGCACUGCCAUCAAGGACUACAUCCUCCAGAGGGGCCUGUUGAAAAACUGCACAAGCCCAUGUAAGACCGGUGUGAAGACCAACCCCAACGAACCGUGCAGCUGCAGCUGCCACAACAACCCGGGUGUGGCCCUCAACUGCUGCCCAACUCAGAAAGGAUUUGCUGAAGUCACCAUAACUGCAAUCAGUGCCACGGGUUUAUAUGGAGAUUACUGGACUCAGACGGACGCAUAUGUCAAGAUCCUCCUCAACGGACGGAUCAACAGAGGCCAGACGUCCGUGAUCUGGGAUAACAAUUCACCAACGUGGAACCACCAAUUCCACCUUGGAACUGUGGACCUUACUCAUUUCAGCAGUGUGAAGAUGGAGGUGUGGGACGAGGACAGUGGUUCAGAUAACGACCUUCUCGGGGCAUGCAAUGCUCCACUGAAAUCUGGAGUGAAGAAGGAUGUCUGUGUACUGAAUCACGGAGUGCUCUAUUAUAAAGUGGAGGUGAAAUGCAUUCACGGUUUGGCUGGUUCUUCGUGCAUGGAGUACAAGCCCUCUCCCAUGGAUGCACAGCUAGAGAAAGUGUACAUCUCCCGGAAUGCUCGCCCAAUUCCCAGAGGCAUGCUGCUGGAGAUGGGAGUGCUCCCCGAUGAGCGUAUUCCCCGCUUCAACCAGAGCAACAUUCGCAAAGCUAAAGGUCUUGAGUUGUAGACCAGUUGUGUUCUUUGUGCAUAUUCACGCCAGUUAUCAUGCUGUUUGAAGUAGAAUAGGUGCACAUAUUACUGGCACAUUAUUACUAAACCUUUCCUGCUCAUUUCUGCUGCCAUUGUCUUUUAUUUCAAGCCUAAUAAAAGUCUCAUGAAGCAAAAUAUUCUGGAAAUAUUACUGAAGUAUUCUUGGAAAAAAACAGAUAUUGUGUGUCAUGUCCAAUAAAUGCAUGGGUUACAUUAGCAACUUUUAAAAAGCAUGUAGAAAACCUCCUCAAGAAAACCCACAAGUCUAGUAUUAACAUAAAUCAUGUGUUUUGUUCUCCAAACACACACACACACACACACUUGAAAUAGGGAUAAGUGGCCCGAACCCCUAUCAUUUGCAGUACGAGAGGUCCCAAAAGCCUCCACGGGGUGCUCCCUGUUUGAAUUGCUAUAUGGACACAAGCCUCACAGCGUCGUAUUUGUCAGGAGGAGGGACCGCCUAAGAGUGAAAAUGAAAUUCAGUACAUUCUUGACCUACCAAUGGGGCGAUUAAAACAGGAGAUUAUGCUGCAGGUGCAAGCACAUCAAUCCAGGCUGUAUGUAAUAGAUGGCACUUGGCUAUGUGAGUUUUCAAGGGAGAGAAGGUGCUCGUAUUAUUACUCACUUUGAGCUCCAAAUUAAUCGUAAAGUGGCAAAGGCCAAAGUAAGUCGGUGAUGUCAAUUAAGUGGUAAGGCAAACAGAUAAAGGCACACAGCAGAUAUACGACCUCAAUCUCCUUAGGUGAUGGAGAGAGAUAGUCCCUGUGGCUUUGGCGAUGGUAGCUCUGGAGAGCAAGCGGCUGGAACCGGCAGUGAACCAAAAACA